CAGUUUGGAUGUUCAUCAGUUAGGACACUGGUGUAAACGGCCUGCCCGGCGUCGCGCGACUCUCAUGGCGCACGCGACGAGUUCACCGAAAGGCUCCAAAGCCAAGAGCCAGGCCGGUGAUGCCGGUGCGGCGAACCGGGGCAGUCGAGAUCCCGGUUUCGAAGGAUACCUGAGGCAACUGAAGCGGCGCCGCUUGGAGGCCGAACAAAAGCCCAGUGGCGCAAAUAGCUUCGGAGAGGCUGGUUUUUGGGCUCGACUGGAUGCAAGCAUCAGCCAAGCUCAGCGCGAGCAGAAUGAGUCGCCCAGUGGCGCACAGGAAGGCCCUAAAAGACCAGUGAAGAAGCCGUCGAAGACGACGCCGUCGACGCCGAAGACCAGUGGAGCGCAGCCACCGAUCGCACGGACGAAGGUUGCGUUGAGGAAAGUACAGACUGGUUGGGAACAAAUUGGAGCAAAGAUGGAUGCAGCUCAGAAGGAGCUGGCGUCAUCGACCCUCCAAGGCACAAAGACUGCCUCAAAGGAGCCAAGUCCCAAGCCCAGGCCAAGAAAGAAAGACACCGGUCCACCCCACCGUCGACCGGUCCACGCCACGGUCCAUCCGCCGUCGCCGACGACUCCGGCGGCGAAUCCGCCGUCGAGGCCGGCCGAAGCUGGGCCGCCGCAGGUACCGGAGAGCUCCUAUCCUUCAAAUGUGGAAGCUACAGUUCAGGAGCUUCUCAAGCUGGCCGAGGUGAUCGAGGUUCGCCUCAUGCCAAAGACAGGCAAGUGUGGCGGCCUGGGCGUAGCCUUGAUGAACUGGAUUUCGAUGAUAUUCCCCUCCUGAGCUGAGCUGACAGUUUCACUUCUUAGCCAGGGUUGGGGAGUUCGCAGUUGGG